UUAAAAUGCAUAAUACUUAGAAGGUUCUCUGUAAAUGUUAAUAUGUUAGCUUGGACUUGGUAUGGUUAAGUCUGGAGAUGGGAUUGGUUUAGAAGAUUUCCAGAAGCUCCAACUGUGUUUUAGAAGUCUUUAUUUAGAUGGUAUUUUAUGUGAGACUAAUAUGUAAAACAUUCGGGUAGGGGUAAGGGUCUUCAGGGCCCUGCCCCCUCAGCCUCUCACACAUCUCACCCCUACCCCUUCUCUGUAGUCCCCGAGGAAUUUGAUUAUAAUUUGAAAACCACUCAUUUUACAGAAAGAAGCAGAGUGAGUUCCACUGGGGCUGAGUGACCUGUUGAGCCACUGCUGCCUGUGGUGUCAGCUGGAACAAAGCCCUAGGCUUUAUCCACUCAUGGGCUCGUAAUACUGCUCUGUGACUUCCAGACUGUUGGCAUGUGUACUGCUUAUGUUUGCUUGCCAGGUUUAGGAUGGAACACAGAAGAGACAGCACCCAGCCAUUGAGAUGAGACGGAAUGUUUUGAAAGUCACCAUUUCAAUAACUGAUUGAGUUGCCUGAGCCAAGAUGAAAAAUGAUCAGGACCGACUGGGUUUUGAGGAAACGUUGAAGUCAAGUUUGGAAACAAGACAAGGGACCAACCACUAAAGGACAUGGGAGAAGAUGGGGAGGAAGGUGUACCUGUUUCCAGCUUGAGAAGCAGCAGGGCUCGCCCCCCAGGUUUCUCCAGAGCCAACUGGCAGCUGGGGCCAAUGCUGAUCAGAUUGUGGCCUCCCUGCCCCAUUUUUUAAAUUUUCAAUUUUGUUGAAAAGUAAAGUGGAACCAAGUUUCUUCCUGAACUGACAAGAUGAGCCCUUGGGUGAGCGGCACGCAGCACAGGAGUUGCUAAACCGGCAGAUGUAACUGCUACAAGGAGGGGCCCUUAAGUCUCCAUGGGCAGAUGGAAAGAAUGAAGUCGGCAGCUAGAACACCACCUUCAAUCCAGAACUAGAGAGCGAGAGCCUUGUUUCCCGACAGAAGGGGGGGCGGAAACAAAAACCCGCGAGGCCGGAAGUUGCGUAGCGCAUCCCGGCGCCGGCUUCCCUGACGGGGGUGAGGCCGCAGCGGACUGCCCUUCCCCAAGAUGGCGUCGAAGGUGGGUUCGCGACGGUGGAUGCUGCAGCUGCUCAUGCAGUUGGGCUCAGUGUUACUCACACGCUGCCCCUUCUGGGGCUGCUUCAGCCAGCUCAUGCUGUACGCCGAGAGGGCCGAGGCGCGCCGGAAGCCCGACAUCCCAGUGCCCUACUUGUACUUCGACAUGGGGGCUGCCGUGCUGUGCGCUAGCUUCAUGUCCUUCGGAGUAAAGCGGCGCUGGUUCGCGCUGGGGGCUGCACUCCAGCUGGCCAUUAGCACCUAUGCCGCCUACAUCGGGGGUUAUGUCCACUACGGGGACUGGCUGAAGGUCCGUAUGUACUCACGCACAGUUGCCAUCAUCGGCGGCUUUCUUGUGCUGGCCAGCGGCGCUGGAGAGCUCUACCGACGGAAACCCCGCAGCCGUUCCCUCCAGUCCACCGGUCAAGUCUUCCUGGGCAUCUACCUCAUCUGCGUGGCCUACUCACUGCAGCACAGCAAGGAGGACCGGCUGGCAUAUCUGAACCACCUCCCAGGAGGGGAGCUCAUGAUCCAGCUGUUCUUCGUGCUGUAUGGCGUCCUGGCCCUGGCCUUCCUGUCAGGCUACUACGUGACUCUGGCUGCCCAGAUCCUGGCUGUACUGCUGCCCCCGGUCAUGCUGCUCAUUGAUGGCAAUGUUGUCUACUGGCACAACACACGGCGCGUUGAGUUCUGGAACCAAAUGAAGCUCCUUGGCGAGAGUGUGGGCAUCUUUGGGGCUGCUGUUAUCCUGGCCACUGAUGGUUGAUUUGCACAACGAAAGGCUGAGAUGGGUAUAGGGAGCCACUGAGGGCCACCCUACCUUCCUCCUUGCUGGCCCAGUUAUGUUUAUUUAUCUUUUUGGUCUGUUUGUUUGAUUGAUCCUUUGCUGUUUGUGUGUGUGGAUUGGUAAGAGGCCAGUGCGUUCCCCAGUUCCUGGGCUCAGCCCUUGAGGUUGGUGGGAGCCCUGAUGACAAUGCCUUACAAGUUUUUUUUCCUUUGUUAGGAGGAGUGCUGAGGCCAGCUGCUCCCCUAGGUCUCCUGUCCCAGAGAAGGGAGUAAGACAGGGCUAGGGUGGGGGUACUGAGAGUGGGAGACAGAGGAAGGAAGAUCAAGAACUGGAAGUGAGCAAAAGUGAAAAUUUUUUUGAAUCUGGUGGAUGCAGCUGAGUUCUGUAGUGCUUUUCAGAGACAGCGUGAGUGUGCAUGUUGACACACGGAUCAAGCCCAGGAGGAGCAGAGAGGUUGGGCUCCACAGAAGCCAUGUGGGUUCUCAGGGUAUGCCAGGGGCAGAAAUAGUACUAGCUGUCACCCACCUUGAGAGCAGAGCAGGCCCUAGUCUACUCGGGUGUGUAAGGGUGGGGCAGGCAGUGGCCAACUUUCUGCCUCCUGCCUUCUGUUUUCAGCUCCAUGGCUGGCCUGGUGGUGGUGAGUCCCUCCCAAACACUAGACCACACAGUCCUCCAAAAAUAAACAUUUUAUAUAGACA